AUUCAGACUUGUUAGCAACCCCCAACCCUCACCAUGAUCCACGCAGUACUCAUCUUCAAUACGCACGGCAAACCGCGGCUGUCCAAGUUCUUCACGGCGAUCCCUCCACUGCGGCAACAGGCCCUCAUCUCCCAGAUCUUCUCGUUCAUUUCGGACCGGCCGGCCGGCGUGUGCAACUUUCUCGACGUCCCCGAGCUUGUUUUCCCCUCCGCGUCCUCGGGGGCCGUCACACCCAACGGUAACGGCAAGGGCAAGGCCGCUGCGCGGAGUGACGACGACGACACGAGAAUCAUCUACCGCCACUACGCGACACUGUACUUUGUCUUCGUGGUCGAUGGGGCUGAGAGCGAACUCGGUAUCCUCGACUUGAUACAGGUGUUUGUCGAGUCGCUUGACCGCGCGUUCGAGAACGUAUGCGAGCUCGACUUGAUCUUCCACUUCGACGAGGUGCAGCACGUGCUCGGGGAGAUCAUUCAGGGCGGGCUCGUCCUCGAGACGAACAUUAACGAGAUCAGCCUGUGUGCCCAAGCGUCACAACGUAACCGCAAGGCGUCGGCCGCGAGCGCAAAUCCCUUGCUGCCAUCACUGCUUGUCGCACCGGGUGCAGGCAGAGGCCGUGGAUCGGCGGCGGACGGACCACGGCGGUGGCUCUCAUCCAUCGGCGUCUAGGUGUAUUGUGUACAUACUUGUAAUACAUGUGAG